CUCACAUACACUCCUAUUUGCACUCCACACAAUUAUUCCAAGGCGAUUUAUCUCUUGUCACUCUUGUUUUCCUGUUCUGGAGACUUUGGUGGAAAGAAGGAGGAGAAAAUAUGAAUAAACACAGUCUGGUGGUGAAUCCUUCGGGAUUCAAGGAGGAUUGAGAGGAUCUUAUCACAGGCAGAUUGAUGCUCUGUUUGCACAAAGUCUGAGGAUAUUUAUUCUUAUCUUGAAAGCCCCGUGUGUUUGUCUUUUGCAUAAAAGUAAUGAUUCUGCAGAAGAUUCCAUUCACGAGAGAUUGUUUGAAUAGACUUGAGAGCGCGCGCUGUGAAUGCUUUAUUUUAUGCAGAUUUCUUAAUCAGCUGUUGACCGUUAAAUGUUGCGGAGAGCGCCUAAUUUCCGGUUAGGUGACUCGGGAUAGAAGAGAUUUAGUAUUAAUUUCCCGAAGAACACAUGGCUCGAGGGGCGAAAAGUGAAAAGACGAGCUUUGUAAGAAGAUCCCAUGGUCAGUGUGCGUGUGUGUCUAAAGGUGGGAGGAAUAAUGUGAAUUUUUACGACCAUAGAACACUAUACACCACCGUCAUAACUCAGUGAACUUUCGCCCGACGGUGUGAGGAGAGUUGAUGCUGGAGUAAGUGAGAGAGAGUGAGAUGUUUCCACCCGCCUCGCCGACAGAUCACGAGAUUCUCGACGGGCCUCAGAUUUCAACACCUGAUCAAAUUCCCAGGCUUCCCGAGGGAGUGGCGCCGCUGUUCAAGGCGUCGAACACUCUGCGGAACAACAUCGAUGCCAAGGAUGAGGUGGCGCGCAAGAGGACGUCGUUGAGAAUUGAGAGCAGCGCCUCGUUAAUAAUGGAGGAGGUGCACAAGAAGCGUUUGUCGCUCGGCUGCGACGUGGCCAUGAGUCGUCAGGAGGCGACUAAGGAGCCCCAGAAGGCGGACAGCAAUAGGAACUCCCUGCAGAGCUCCAAUCCAGACGACGAGGAUGACUACAACGACCUGGAGAAUGGGAAUAGCAGCAGCGGCGCGGAGUUUAGGGACUCCAUCGUCUCUAGCGAGGCUGAGUUGCUGUGCGAGAAGCUGAACACCAUCAACAAGUCGGACUCCGAUGGGAAUCAGUCGGUGGAGAUGCUGAGUCCCAACGAAGGCCCCCUGGCCAGGCGAUAUGCCGAAAUCGCCCACUUCAGGAGUGGCAAAUGGUCUGAUGCCAUUCAACCCUCGCGAUCGAACAAGAGAUUUACUCUCGGCUCGCUGGAUCCGGAUGAGUGCGCCGUGGGGAGUGGCAACGGAGGCUAUGGCGACGACGAUCUUCAGGCGCUGCUUCCGCCAGCGGCGCGCCGAUUGUCGAGGGAUGAGCUGAGUCAGUCACGUACAUCGCUGGUGUCAAGUUCAGAUGGCGGCAUCCUGGCCGAGGGUGAGACGUCCUCGGAGUCGUCUGGCGGCUCCACGAGCCCACCCUGCGACUUGGGCCUCGUGGAGCGCCUCCUGCGCACUCAUCCCGUGUGGUUCCUGCCCGGCAUCCAGCGAGCCGGAGCGGUGCAUCUGCUCCAGGGCAAGGAGGAAGGAAACUUUGUCGUGCGCGGCUCAAGUCAGGCCAACACCAUGGCGGUGUCGGUGCGUCUUCCGCCGGACACUGGGCCCUACAUUGAGCACUACUUGAUCCAGUCGGACAGUGGAGUGCUGUCGCUGGAAAGCUCUCGCUUCAAGUUCGACUCAAUUCCCGCCCUGAUCGCGCACUAUGCGCAGUGCUGUGACGAGCUGCCCGUGCAGCUGAUGCUGCCGCGCGCCCUGCGCGAGGCCCGGAAUCGGCAGCAGCUGUCCUCGCUGGCGCUGCUCGGCCAGGAGUUUUGGCGCUACCCAAUGGCGAGCCCGAAGCCAGGCAGUCAGGCGUCAACGCCAGUGGAUCCUAAGUCGGCCGCCACGGACUCGUCGGGCGUGGGCGUGACUGUGUUCAGCUCGUCCGUGAGCCAGAAACACCCGCCGAAGCCACUCAAGACGUCCAUUCUCAGUCCCGGCAGUCAAGUGGAAACGCCUUCCGACACGUCUUCUAGUCUCAGCAGCUUUACGCCCAGCAAUGGCCACCAACUCUUGAGCCCCGAGUCCGUGGACAGCGUCGCGCUGACCAUGUCACCGGUGGAGUCUUGUCGGUCUGGUAUUGUGGGCAAGACGAGCACAUUUAAGUCGCAGCUGAAGAGAACACCUCCAGUUCCCAUGGCCAGGACGCCCGAGCUGAUCGAUCAAGGAGAGAAAACCGGAGCUUUCGCAUUGGAAUCAUUUCCCGGCGGCCAAAUCCGGGCGCCCAGACCAACUCCGCCGAACACACUGAAUCUGGGGCCGCUGAGGACGCCUCCAGCGCCACCGCCGCGAUGGUCCAAGCCCGUGGCGACUGUGAGUCCUGACCAGGCGACCUUAGAGACUCAGGCCAACAACUUCACAGUCACCACGACAGUCACAUUCAGCAUGGAGAGCGGCGCCAAAGCGCAGAGUCCGCAGAUUGUAGAGAUUUCCUCCCCAACGACGAGCGACGUGCUGCAGUUCCAGACAAUCUCCAAGCGACUGUCGCCUGAGGGCGAGUGUCACAAGAACGGCGAUGCCAUGUCGACGCUGGACUCCAAGAGGUGGCUCAGCAAUCUCAGCAGGGACUCCGCGCGUGGCAAUCGGAAAGCCGUGUCGCCCAGUCUAGCGGAGACACCGAAUGGCCAGAGAAUGCGCCGCAGCAAGGCCAAGAAGGAGUCCAAGCACUACCAAGAGUCGGACAUCCUGGAGUCACCCUCGAUCUACUGCAGGAGUGCCUUGGGCGACAAGAUAAGUGAUUACGAGGAUAUCUGGACGCAGGAGAACAAUGGGAAUCCGCAUCUUCUCAGAGGAUCGCACAUGUCCAGCUUCAGGCCUGAGAGUCACGGCAAGAGGCCUGAUCUCCUGGCGGAGACGCCCACCGUGACGUCCUUGAAUGGGAAUCUCUUGUCUCCCACCGGAUCUAUCGCCUCGUCGAACAAUUCCCCGCCCAAACCGCCGUCAGAGACGGACUCUGCGGCUCCUCUGUGUCCUCAGCAGGAGUCUGCGGAGCGCACGAGCUUCCUGGAGAAUGACUCCCUGGUGGCGCAUCUGGCCAAUCCGAAGGAGGGAACACAGCGUUUCGGGAUCUACCACAAGACUCAGUCACAAACGCCCGAGGCUGAUCCGAUGCUGCAGCCGCGCAAUCGAUUGGGUCUCGUGCUGACCAGCACACCGCCGAAGCUGGAAGAUCCUGCGACUCCUGCGGGCAGGAGCAAGCAAGGCAGCCCGUUUUACUCAGAACCCGUGGAUUCGGUGCAGAACAUCACGCGGCGGAGCAACAGAAGCUCUCAGAUUCCCAGCAGCCAGCGCUUCUCGGAGCCGCCAAAAGGGCCCUUCCGCAGCGCUCUAGCGGCGAUUAUUCCGCCAGGAGACGCCAUGCAGCGAAAUCCGCUGGCGGGAUCGCUGGACGAGCUGAAGAAGAGGAACAGGAAGGCGCGUGGAAGACUGGAUCCCUGGCCGCUGGACAGCAGCUGGGAAUUUGUGGGCAAUGACGCUGAUGACAACGACUAUGACUCGGAUCUCAACUGGAGGACGAGCUAUAGGAGAGACAGCGUUCCGCCGCAGCCGCAAGUGCAGCCGCCGAAGCCACCGGAGGUGCAGAAGGAGCCUAAAGUCAGGCCACUGACCAUUCAUCAGAUCAUCGCGACGCGGAUGCCGGAAUUGAAUCUCCCAGAACAGAUAAGAUGCUCUUCACCCACUCCGGAGUCUAGCGUGGUCAACGGCACCAUCACCAGGCGACAGCGCAUCUCCGCCUAUGACAAUGUGGAGCGCGGCGCGACGUCUUCGCUGCUGUGUCCAGACAGCGCCCAGUCGGACGACGGGACGGUCUUCUCGGAGCCCUGGGACAGUUCACAGUGGGACUCCUUCCUGCCGCACGACGGUCACCCGCGGAACAAGACCACUUCCGGAGGCCCUGGAGAGUCCGUGGGCGCGUACGCCAUGAGCCUGGCCAAUGAUCCCACUUCGACCUUCGCGCGCAACAUCGAGAACUUCAUCUGCUGCACCAAAGAAUCGCGCGAGGCGGCGCCGCAAAUUGUGAUGCGCAACAUGCGGCAGUUCAUGAGUGGCAUGAAGAAUUACCUGGUGAAGCAUGGCGAGGGUGACUUCCAGCUGGAAGUGCAGCGCGCCUGCUCGCGCCUGAAGCCCGACGAGUUUCUCAACCUCGACACCAUCCUUGAGGGCGUAAUGCAGCGCCUCGUGGUGCUGCCGCUGCGCGAGCAUCUCUACGGACGCUUCGUGGAGUACUACAUGCGCUCCCGCGACAUCCAGCUGCUGGUGGAGAAUGUGCGCUUCGCCAGUGGCAAGAGCGCUAUCGACAUGGGCAUCCGCAAGGAGAUCUCGCCGCCGUCGGAAGCCUCCAUGCGCUACAUCGCGAUGAUCCUGCAGCGCCUGCAGGAGGCGGAGCAGCCGCUGGAAAAGCUGGACUACCUGCUGGCCGCCGUGUCGGCGAUCUUCGAGGCCACGGGAUCGCCGAAGAGCAGCGCGUUGUGCGCCGACGACUUCCUGCCCAUCUUGGUGUACGUGGUGGCCAAGAGUGGCUUCGUGGGCGCCGAGAUCGAGGCGGAGUUCAUGUGGGGCCUCCUGCAACCGUCGCUGCUCAGCGGCGAGGCGGGCUACUAUCUCACGGCGCUCUGCAGCGCGGCGCACGUACUUAAGACGUUCAAGGACAGCCAGAACGAGAUGUGCGGAACGAUCGACUGGAGAUCCUCCGCCAUGCCCGCGUGCUCGUCCGUGCUGCGUGUCAUCAUUCCGGAUGAGUACAAUGGAUCUCUGCAGACGAGGACGCUGCCCGUUCGUCCUCACACAACCACCAAAGAAGUGUGUCGCAUCAUUGCGCAUAAGGCGAGGAUCACCAAUCCGCAGGAUUACGGGCUCUUCAAGCUGGUCGACGGCGAAGAGACUCUCCUGAUGGAGUCAGAGUGUCCGCAAGACGCCAGAUUGGCGGCUCGCGGGAAGCACUGGAUGUUGGCCUACAAGCGCAUCGACGCGAAGAUCGCCUGGCCCACGACGGCGGCCUCGUCGUCCAACUCGUAAACCCUUUUUUGCGCAGCCGAAGCACAGUAUUCAUUUUGGGCGCGAUUUGGCGACAAGGAUUUACCGCAAAUUUAGUCUCCGUAGUAUUUAAGGCAAUUUGCAUUAAUCUCAUUGCUGAGUAGGAAAAGCAUGAAACUAUAUUCGCUGUAUUUCAGUACUUUUUAUACAUUCUGACUAAAAAAAAUAUAUAUUCGUACCUCUCUUAUUGUGUGAAAGCGCGUUUUAAAGCGAAGAUAUAUAUAUAUAUAUGAAAUUGCAAAUUUUUCGUAGAGAAAAAAGAGAAAUCUUCCUUCGCACAUGAAUUUUCUUGCCAUGCAGAUGGAAAAGAGGGAGGAAAAAAUGCCGCAAAAGGAACGAAAGAAUUAAUGCUGUGAUUAAUUUGUUGCUCGGUUUGUCCAUCAAUUUUAUUUUAUAAUCUUUUUUAAUUGAAAAAGAAAUUAUGGGUUUUUAUUUCUACUGCAAAUUUUUUUUUUUACUUUUGUGUGUGUUUUUAUUGUUUUGCAAUCUUUAAACUUCACGCAAGCAAACAUAUAAUUCCACAGUGAAGAAUGAAGUGAAAGGGAUAUUCUAAAAGAAUAAAUCAAUAGGAUAAAAACCAAUUUGUAUAUUUUGAUGAAACAAGUAAAAUAUAAAUUUACAAUGUCAAGAGAGAGUCAUGCAGAAAAGAAAGAAAAUAGCAGGAAAAUGACCAAUUUUGUGUAAAAGUGGAAGAUUUGAGGUGUAUUUUGCAUAACACGUAUUCCAGAAAGUGAACGAAAGAUAUACUAAUUAUCGUUUGUCUCUCUCUCUCUAUUUUGCGAAAGUAAUCUUUUUCUAACUGACACUUUUAACGAUUCAAUGCAAUGACUCGAGGCGCUGAAAGUCCAGACCACAGUCCAAGAAGAAAGAAUCCCUUCCAUUGUCUAGUCUUCAGGUCAAUAUUUUCCUAGAAUCACACCUGAAUUCCAAAUGGUUUCUCAUCCUGAAGAUCAUGAUUAAGUUACUCCUCCGUAAAACAUUGUGACUUUGGUGGAUUUUCUUCGUCUGCGACGAUUUAAUAAUGAAAUAUUUAUGAAGGAAAAGUAUCAAUAUAUAAAAAUUUCUAAUAUUUUACUACACGACACACGAUGAAUAACCUUUAUAUAGAAAUUUCAUCAUUUUGAUAAUUGAGAUAAAUAAAAACUAAUAACGAGUCUCAAGUAAACGUGUUGUUUUACUGCCCAAAAGGA